AUGGCUUUGUGUCACCUAGUUUUUACUCUUACUCUCGUUGUCAUCUUCUCUCUGGUGGUUUUCUCGUACCAGCAACCUCCGCUGGACGCUGCUGAGCAGGAAUCGGUUUACCGGGUGCUGGACUCAGUCAACUCGGCCAUUCCGUGGCGUUCUCUCUUCCCCGACGAUCUUUGUGUCUCUGCCCCUCACGGCGUGGUUUGUGACUAUUCUUCUGAAUCUGAUGGUUCUGGUGAUGGCAACGAAACGGCACACAUUGUUGAGUUGAACUUCGGGUAUUUGUCAGACUUCACGCCUAACCCACCUUGCUCUCAAAAUGCGACUCUCGACCCUCUCCUCUUCAGUUCGUUUAAGUACCUUCGCAAGCUCUUCUUUUACAAAUGUUUCAACGGGUCUAGGGUUUCUCUGCCUGAUGUUCCUCCGUCUUUUGGUUCGGGUCUUGAGGAGUUCGUGUUCAUCGAAAAUCCGUCUUUGGUAGAUCCUUUGGAUGGUAUAUUACGUAAUUUUACGAAUUUGAGGAGGCUGGUUUUGACGGGAAAUGGGUUUUAUGGUGAAGUUCCUAACCUGAUAGGUGGUUUAGUUGGUCUGGAAGAGAUUACGCUGUCCAGAAAUCAACUUGCUGGUGAACUUCCUGGGAGUUUAGGUGAUUUGAAGAAGCUAAAGCUUCUUGAUCUUAGUCAAAACAAUUUUGAGGGGCCUAUUCCUGAAUCACUUGGUAGUCUCACGGAGCUUCUAAAGCUUGAUAUGAGAUCCAACAGAUUCACGGGUAAGAUCCCAGAAAGUUUCAGACACUUGCAGCGCCUCGAGUUUUUAGACCUCAGCUACAACCUUUUCGGUCAAUUUGGAAUUCCUCUGUUCCUGGGAGAAAUUCCCGGAUUAAAGGAAGUGUAUUUGAGUGGGAAUCCUCUAGGUGGGAAGAUUCCAGAAAUAUGGGAAAAUCUUGAAAGUAUCAAAACAAUAGGGUUUUCAGACCUGGGUUUGAUUGGUAACAUCCCUGCAUCAAUGGGGUUUUAUCUCAGAAACCUGUCUUAUCUUGGGCUAGAUAACAACAAGCUUGAUGGGCCUGUGCCUGAGGAGUUUUACCACCUAGAUCUAAUAGAAGAAAUAAACUUGGAGAACAACAAUUUGAGUGGUAGAAUCCCAUCUUCCAUGGAAUUCAGAGAAAAGCUAAAGUUGGCAGGAAACAGACGGCUCUGUGUGGACGACACAUUGAUGAAUGCUAAAAACAGAGGCAGCUUGGGGAAAUUAAAGCCCUGCAGCAAGAAAGCAGAUAUUCCUGAUGUUGUCACUUUCAAUGGAGUUUCUUUGGUCCAAUUUUAUCCUCGUUUCUUGUUCACUUCCCUGGCGAUUUUGUUUGUCUUUACAUGUUUAUGA